UACUCUCUCUCGCCCUCUCUUUCUCUCUCCAAAUUUAUGCGUUUUCUAGGGCUCAGAAUCACUACAACGUCGUUUUUGUGUCUUAUCUAAUAAAAUCCUAUCCUCUCCUUCUUCCUUUGUCUCUGCAUAAUCAAAUCAUAUAUAAAAGGUUAGGGGUUUUAAGUCUCCAACCUCGAAUAUUUCAAUUCUGAUUUGAAAUUUUCAAAAUUCAAUUUUAAUUUGUUUUGGGUUAGAGUUCCUUUUGGUUUGGUUUUAGACUCCAAUCUAUUUUCUUUUCAAUGUUUAGCUGAUUUUGUUAUCUGGGUUUGGUUUAGAGUUUUUAUUUUUUUGGUGUUCUUAACUGGGUUUUGCUUAAUUUAGUGUUUGGUGAUAGAAAAAAAAAAGUGAAAAUGAAGAUGCUAGCUGGUGGUACUAACCUCAUCAUGUAUAUUACGUGGUAAUUUGGAGUUGAUGAAUUGGAUCUUCUGAACGCAGAGUGGUUGUAUUCUGAUAAGGAAGCAUGAUGGGCAUUAAGGAUUGGAUUCUCUCUCAGUUGUUAUCCAAGUCGUUGGUCUCGUCAAGACCACUGUCAAACAGUGACAGCUUUCUUGAGGAGGAACAUUUAAGUGAAGAGUUUGGCACCCAAGGUGCAGCUCAUUCUGUCAAUUCGGUUUCGCUGCCAGUGGCUGCUGAUACAUCUCACUCUUCCAACGUUAGUCAGGAAAAUCAGCAUGGUUUCCCUUCAGAUGAUGCUUUGAUUGAAAGUCCUCAGCAGCCUCAUGUUGAGACACAUGAGGAAAAUUUAGAGCCUCUGGUAAAGAUCGAGUGUCUCCAAAUUAAGUUUUUGCGAUUUAUUCGACGCCUUGGGCUAGCGCACGACAAUCUUAUGGUGGCUACAGUUCUGUAUCGGAUACACCUGGCAACUUUGAUACGAGCAGGGGAGUCAGAUUUGAAAAGAGCUAAUCUCAGAAGUGAUAGAGCUAGAGCAAUAGCAGCAGAACAAGAGGCAACUGGCCUACCUGAACUUGGCUUCUCACUGAGAGUACUUGUCCUUGGAAAAACAGGGGUUGGCAAGAGUUCAACUAUUAAUUCAAUAUUUGACCAAACAAAAACUAUGACUGAUGCAUUCCAUCCUGCUACUGAUCGCAUACAAGAGAUUGUUGGAACAGUGAGUGGAAUUAGAAUAUCUUUCAUUGAUACUCCGGGUCUGCUGCCUUCCUCGACAAAUUGUGUUAGAAAAAAUCGGAAGAUUUUGUACUCUGUGAAAAGGUUUAUCAGGAAAGCCCCUCCAGACAUUGUAUUAUAUUUUGAACGACUUGAUAUGAUCAAUAUGGGUUAUAGUGAUUUCCCACUGUUGAAGCUUAUUACUGAAGUCUUUGGUUCUGCAAUUUGGUUUAGCACCAUUCUUGUGAUGACUCAUUCUUCCUCGACACUCCCUGAGGGACCAAAUGGCUAUCCUGUCAGCUAUGAGUCCUAUGUCACACAGUGCUCGGAUCUGGUGCAGCACUACGUUCACCAGGCAGUUUCUGACUCAAAACUUGAAAUCCCUGUGCAGUUGGUGGAUAAUCAUCCUCAGUGUAAAACAGAUAUCACUGGGGAAAAAAUUCUUCCAAACGGACUGGUUUGGAAAUAUCACUUCCUGUUAUUAUGUGCAUGCACCAAAGUGCUAGGGGAUGUUAAUGCCCUUUUGGAAUUUGAGGACAGUAUCGAACUAGGGCCAUUGAGUAAUACCCGGCUGCCUUCUCUACCCCAUCUUCUCUCAUCUUUUCUUCGGCAUCAUGCUCAAGUGAACCCAAAUGGAGCAGACAAUGAAAUUGAUGAGAUUUUUCUUUCAGACAUGGAGGAAGAAGAUGAUUAUGAUCAAUUACCACCAAUCCGGAUUCUGACAAAAUUCCAGUUUGAGAAAUUAAGUGAUGCCCAGAAAAAGGAGUAUUUUGAUGAGCUUGAUUACCGAGAGACCCUUUAUUUGAAGAAACAGAUGAAAGAAGAGUCCCGUAGACGAACCGAAAACAAGUAUCCUCAAGGUGGGGAUUCAACCAGUGAUAAUAAUUCUGAUAACCAGGAGCCUUCAGAGGCUGUUCAGUUGCCAGAUAUGGCAGUCCCUCCAAGUUUUGACUCCGAUUGCCCUUUACAUAGAUACCGUUGCCUUGUUACAAAUGACCAGUGGCUUGCAAGGCCCGUUCUUGAUCCCCAUGGGUGGGAUCAUGAUGUAGGUUUUGAUGGAAUUAACCUGGAGACAGCUAUACAAAUAAGAAAGAAUGGCUUUGCCUCUGUCACAGGACAGAUGAGCAAAGACAAGGAAAAUUUUAGUAUUCAGUCCGAGUGUGCUGCUGCUUUCACAGAUCUCAGAGGACCCACUUAUAGUGUAGGACUCGAUGCCCAAUCAUCCGGGAAAGAGUUGAUCUGUACGGUACGCAGUGGCACACAGCUCAGAAACUUGAAAAACAAUUUGACUGAAUGUGGCAUUUCUGUUACAUCUUUUGGGGACAAAUACUAUGUGGGUGCUAAGCUUGAAGACAGCAUCACAAUUGGGAAGAGACUGAAAUUUGUAAUGAAUGCUGGCCGGAUGGGGGGUGCAGGGCAAGUGGCUUAUGGUGGGAGUAUUGAAGCUACUUUAAGGGGGAAAGAUUUCCCUGUGAGAAACGAGAGGGUCAGGCUCGCAAUGACAGCCAUUUCGUUUAACAAGGAGCUAGUAUUGAGGGGAAAUUUACAGUCUGACUUCAGAUUAAGCCGGGGUACAAGAAUGUCAGUCAAUGCGAACAUAAAUAGCCGGAACAUGGGCCAGGUUUGCGUGAAGACAAAUAGCUCUGACCACAUAGAAAUAGCUCUGAUUGCGGUUGUUUCCAUCUUUAGAGCCCUGUUACGGAAAAAGGCAACGGAUGAUCUUAGCCAGGAAACUCUGGAGAUGGGGUGAAGUUUUUUAGUUUUUUGGUGCUGAACUUGUUUAGUUAGGGAGAGGACUUUGAUGGCAGUGGUGUCUAUAUGCAGAAGCGAGAUAAUGAGCAUUUUCCAUAGCACGAGAUAAUGAGCAUUUUCCAUAGCAGAGA